UUCCAAAUAGACAUUCAAGAUGGCGCUUCUAUUGAGAAAUCUUGGCAGAAAAGGACUACUUGGACACAACAAAUUGGUGAUUACAAAAUGUAUACAGCCAUCAUCAUCACAAGCUUACGAUGAAAUGAAGGAUUUCUGGCAAAAAAACAAAAAACUUAACAGACCACUGUCUCCUCAUCUGUCAAUCUACAGACCACAGCUUACCUCAAUGUUGUCGCUGACUCACAGAGCCACUGGUAUAGCAAUGUCAGUUGCUAUCCCAGUUGUGGCUACAGGUUUGAUGUUUGCCCCUGGAGAUUUCACCACCUAUCUUCACUCUGUACAUCUAAGUGCAGGGAGUGUGAUUGCCUGUAAAUAUAUAGUAGCUUUUCCCUUCACCUAUCACUAUGUCAAUGGUAUACGGCAUCUGGCGUGGGAUUGGGCUAAAGGCUUCAGCUUAAAAGAGACCUACAACAGUGGAUACCUGGUGGUCACUCUCUCCUUCUUAAUUACAGCUGCUCUGGUUCAUCUUAUCUGACAUUUUCACAUAUAAAAAUAGAAGAGAACAUUACAGUUUAGAAUCUUCACAGACAUUUUCAAAAAUGAAGAAAUUAAGAAGAUACAGAAAGAUCUUACAGACUAUGUUAAAGGAAAAUUCCAGGGUCUUGAAAGCUCUUCACUUACUUUUAUGCUGAUAAAGAUGGAAGAAAAUACCAGGAUUUUGCUAUCAUAGAGCUCCAUAAAUCAACAUAUUUCUUAUGAGAAUCCAAAUUGUUGGAAUUUUGCCUGUUUGGAAAGUAGCUAAUUCGUGAUCAAUUAUUUUCACAUCUGAUUCUUUUUUGGCAUUUUUUGAUAAAAAAAAGUAUUUUUUAUGUGAGAAAUGUGAUAAUAGACAUUGAUUUUGAUAGUUUGAGGGAAUUGUUGAUUUAAUAAACGAUUCAAAGUAAUAAUGUGGCACCACUAUGCACUGGUCAAUAUUGCAUUAUUUCUGUGACCUGUGAUUAUUAAUCAGAAUGUCGAGACGUGCUACAAGCUGAUUAUUAGUGAUAGUAACAUUAUAUUUGAUAUAUUUUCCCUUUUUGCUUGUUGAUUGACCAUUUGCAAAGGAAGUAGGGGCUGAAUACAGAUCCAUGUAAAAUGGUAGUUGGAAUCUACUUCUUUUAAAUAAUGGAAUAAAACAUGAAUAAUAAAA